AUGCUGGUCGGUACGAAUCUGUGCGGCGUGAAUCCAGGAGUACUUUUUGGAUACAAUAUGCAGAAUCAGUUGGUGAACAUGAACAUUGGGCAGAGGCAGAGUUCUGGGGCUGGUAGCGUGGUGGGGAGUACACCUCCUACUCCUGUGCAUUCUGUUGGUCAUCACGACAAGAGAUCACCACCAUUGACGCCGUCUGAACGUACCGGAGCUCCUCCGGGUGCCGGUAAAGAUGCAGUGAAGCUGUUCAUUGGCCAGAUACCUCGGCAUCUCGAAGAAGAAGAUCUCCGGCCGAUGUUCGAGGAGUUCGGCAAGAUUUACGAGUUGACCGUACUUAAGGAUAAGCACACCGGCAUGCAUAAAGGUUCGUUAUGA